AUGGGCGUCGGAGACCUGCUCGCCAGGACUACCCUGGCGGACUGGAACAGAAAGAUCAAAGCUGCCCCGCGUGAGGUGAUUUUCAGUCGCCGUUUACUUUUGACAGCUUUGAUGUACGCGACUGCCGCUGUUCCUUUGACAUGGGACCAAGGCUCGACAUCCACCAUCUCCGCUCUACCGAGUUUUGUGGAACAUUUCGGCAUCAGCUCUAAAUCCGGUGCCGGCUCAACGAGGAAUUUUGUCUCUCUCGUCUAUAUUGGCGAGGCAAUAGGAGCUGCUUUGUCAUUUUUCAUCAAUGACAAGGUCGGCCGUCUGUGGUCUUACCGCAUCUACGUCUUUGUGUGGAUCAUCGGGCAAAUCGUGGCCAUAUGUAGUCCCGGAUCAUCGGGGCUGUAUGGCGCUCGAAUCAUCUCGGGCUUGGGAAUCGGAGCCCUGAGUGUGACGGGCACCGUCUCCAUUGUGGAAAUUGCCCCCGCCGAAAUCCGUGGGCUGCUGGCAUCUUGGUACACGGUGUGCAUGACCAUCGCGCUGAUGGCGUCUACCUUCUGCGUGUACGGGGUCGAGCUUCACAUGGGAGCCAGCCACCUGCAAUACCAGGUGGUAUGGUUCGCCCCGUGCAUUUUCAUGUUUCUAUGGAUUGUCGCCAGCUUUUUCCUCUGUGAAUCUCCCCGCUGGCUGAUUCUGACGGGCCGAGACCAAAGGGCCGUAGACACUCUCGUCGCGCUGCGACGCCUGCCAGCCGAUCAUCCCCGGAUUCAAGAGGAAAUGCAGAGCAUCCAAGAAUCAAUCAAGGCAGAGACUGAAGGCCGUGAUGUCAAUGACAAGUCACCUUUCCAAAUCGUCAGCAUUGCAAAGGAGACCUUCACAGAACCGUCCAACCUCCGCCGCGUCCAGCAGGCUAUUGUCAUGUACGCCCUGCCACAGUUUUCUGGCGGCAACUCCGUCACCAAUUACUUCAUUCCCAUUUUGCAGGUCGCUGGCAUUUCCGGGAGUUCCACUCACAAUCUCUUUAUCAAUGGCAUGUACAACCUAGCCAAAUUCUUCUUCAGUUUGUUUACGUCGUUUCUCUUCAUCGAUGCCCUGGGGCGUCGAAACUCGCUUUUCGUUGGCGUUACCCUGCAAAUGCUUUCCGACAUUUAUCUUGCAGCAUAUAUCAAAGUUGAACACGAUAGUGGUGUGCCCCCGUCUGCAGGGAAAGCAGGAUUGGCAGCCUUGUUUGUUCACGCUCUUGGUUAUACCGUUGGACUUCUCACUCUGCCAUAUGUUUUCGGUGGGGAGUUGUGGCCGAACCGCAUCCGGUCCUUUGGCGCCGCAUUGUCCCAGACGUUUCACUGGCUCUUUCACUACGCCAUGUCUUUUGCCCUGCCCUCGCUUCUAAAACGAGCUGACGACUGGGGCGCAUUUGUUUUCUUCGCUGCUUGGUGUGCCGGCGGUCUUCUCUAUAUAUACCUCCUGGUACCCGAAAUUGCCGGGCUCAGUGUGGAAGAGAUCGAUGGCAUUUUCAAGGGGCCAUGGAUUGUCGUCGGUCGGCGAUUCAGGUCUCGAGAAGAUGAUUCCCUUCUCGAGGGCCAGAACCUGACGCAAAAUCCGGAAGAGACCAACGCCAAAUCCCUUGAGACCCCGGAGUCCCCUCCGAAGAAAGGUGCCAAGGGAGGAACAGUGACGAUUGAUUAG